GUGCGUUUAGCGCAAUCAGCUUAUAUAGUACUUAUUUCCAUUUUCAAUCACCAUUCAUUCAUUCAUUCUCAAACUCAACCCUAGCCUCUCAUAUGCUCUUUUUCACUUUCCAGAUCCAUUCUUCUCCAGCAUCCGGGAAGUUGUAGUAACAUCAGGUUGUGCCUUUUGCUAGAUGAAUAUGUUAUCUAUGUUUACCUAAGGACAUGGUUAUUUUGGUUUGUUAAGGACAAUGAGAAUGAGUACCAUGAUGAAAUUGAAGAGGAAAGACAUUGUAGAUAAUGCAGGUGUAAGACCAAAGGCUGUAUGGGAUAUAAAGACAGUUGAAUUGUAUAUCAGACUAUGCCUUGAUGAAGUCAAAAAGGGAGAACACAAUGGAACAAACCUUACUGAGAAAGGUUGGAAAUCUGUUUUAUCUAACAUUAAUGAGAAAUUAACUGGGAAAGAUUAUGGAAAGAAUCAAUUGAAAAACAAGUGGUAUAAUCUUAAGAGAGAUUGGCAAGAAUGGUAUAAGUUGUUUGCCAACGAGACACUUGUCGGAGGAGAUAGCGCAGAGCGGUGGGAGAAAAAACAACUGGAAAAUCCGCAAUAUGGAAAGUUUAGGCGUAAGGGACUUCGGUGUUACAAUGAAUUAACUACUUUGUUCAAGGGUAUGGUGGCUAUUAGACAGGUUGCAUUGGCUCCUUCUUUUGGGAUGCUACCAAAUGGCAUAGAUGACAGUAACGAUGAGUAUCGCCUAUCCGUUGAGAGUGGUGGUAUAGAUCUCGAGGAAGGAUACGGGGAUACUGAAGAAUUGGAAGGUAUUUGUGCUGGGGUUGGUGCUGUUUUUCGAGAUAUAAGUUUUAGCUCUUCCUAUGGAAAUGAUAGUGAAAUGAGUAGCGUGAAGAGGAAGAGAUCUGAAUCUUGUGAAAGAAUUGAAAAGAAGAAAAAUAUGAAAAUUUCUGAUGCAGAAAGGAUAGCUGAUGCAUUGUGUAGAAUUGCAUCCGCAUGUCAGUUGCGUGAAGCGGUUAGAAAGGCAUUGAUAGUACCCGGGACAUCUAUUGCUGAAGUGGUUGCCGAGCUUCAACACAUAGAGGUAAUUGGAAGCGAUCUUGAUUGGCAUUCCCGAUGUUGUCAGCUCAUGCUGUUUAAUCCCGCGAGGGAAAUGUUUGUAGCCUUAAAAGGACUUGGAAAUGAACAAAGCUUGUUGAAUUGGCUUAAAUAUGCGGCAUAUACACCUCUGCCAUUUAUGAAAGAAGUAGAUUGAUCUCUAAUUUUUAAUCAGACUUUAAGUGCUUUUGUAUUAGCUAACACAUUUGAUGGCUUCCUUUCUUGUUAUGUAUUUGCAAUGAACCACUUAAGCUUAUGUACUUGCUAGUUGAAUUUAACAAUGUUGAUUGAAUUGGUUAACCCUUUAGAUUUUGCAAGCUUGCUGUGAUAGAAACUCAAAACACUGCUUCAUGCAA